UAAAUGGAUAAAAAGCGUUCCUUGCAUAGUGUUUUCAAACGAAUUAAAUAUUAUUCAGUGUAACGUGGUUAACGCUUUGACAUGCUUAUCUUUGCAGACGUUAUUCUUCUGUGUGUAUAGUGCAGCAUGAAUAACAGAAACAAAAUCGCUUAAAAAAAAUGGUCUUGUUUUAGUAAAAGCGUUUUUUUUUGUGGCAUGUUAAUAACUAUUUGUAUAAUCAGUUUUACAAUAAAUUCCAUGGUUACAUAAUGGUUAGUGCAGCUAAACCGUGGUUGAUUUAAUUAUAGUAAUAAUAUAUAUUUGUUUUAUUUCCAGUAAAGCCAUGGUUCAUUUUUGUGAGCUAUGCGUCUCAUUUCGCUCCCCAUCACGUGAUUCAGUUCACCAUAAACAUUCGAGUUCGAUUAACUUCGUGAUGGAGAGACAGGGUUUGAAGGGGUCAUCGGAUGCUAAAUGCACUUUUACGAGUGGUUUGAACUGAAAUGUGUUUGUUGUUAAUCUCGUGAAAUGUUAAGGGUGGUCUCGAGGGCCGUCGGUGUGUCGUCACACGGACGCAGGUCGCUCGUCGACGGUUGAUUGACUCAUGUUUCACUCCAGACUCGCGUGAGCAGUCUUCAGUCGUGUGUCCUCGCGGGAGGAAGAUGGCUCCUAAGCGUCUGUGGUGUGCUGUCGUCGGCUGUCUUAAUGAACAGAGCAGUCGUCAUUUAGUCCCGACAUCUGAGCCGCUGAAGACACAGUGGCUGGAUUUCAUUUUUAAAGGGAAGGUGCCCCCCGAUCUACCUAAAAGCGUCCAUGUUUGCGCCAAUCAUUUCUCUCCGGACUGCUUUAUAAACGAGGGUCAGUAUAAAGCAGGAUUUGCUAAGAAACUCCUCCUGAAAAACGGAUCGGUACCAACUAUUCGUGUUCCUGCUUCACCUCCACAAGAAACAAACGCAUCUGAAGAAGUGGCCAAGGUGCAACAUGUGGCCUGCCAGAUGGACACACCACCGUUUGGCACCCAGCUGUCAAUAAAAACUCUACGUCCGCGCUACAGAAGCACAGGCACACAGACAACUACAUUAUCCCCAGAUAUUGGAGUUGGCUUCUCAAAUUCACUGCUAUCGUCAACACCCCCAAAAAAGAAGCCAAUUAAGCGAUCUCGCUCGGAGCUAGAGGACGACCCUUCUAGAGCCAGCUCAAGUAUGAAAGAGGAACAGCCUAUGGAUUCUGCAUAUGAUCCAGAUGUGACGACUGAAUCAUCACAGCCCGCUCAUAAGACAGCAACGUACAUCGUUUAUGAAGACUGCCUGCUGCAGCUCUUUGAGCAGUGCCCCGUGUGUCAAGGUGUUACCAGUGUGCGGAGAAGAAGGGUUGGCACGUUCCUGGCUGUGGAGCAACGCUGCCCUCACUGUGACUUCUUCAAAAAAUGGAGUAGUCAGCCAGUUAUAGGAAGCACUCCUGCAGGAAACCUCCAGCUCUCUGUUGCGGUGUAUGCCACUGGUGUCUCUUUCUUCAAACUUGAAAAGGUAUUCCGGGCAAUGCAACUGAAAAUGAUCCACUACGACACCUUUCAGAGUCUCGCCCGGAGGUACAUACAGCCUGCAGUUGUACACAGCUGGAAGACAGCACAGGACGGCAUGCUGCAGCAGCUCGGACAGCAGCAGAACAUUGUCUUAGGCGCUGAUUUCAGGACAGAUUCACCAGCCAAGUUUGGCGUUUACUCUGUGAUGGACCUAAGGACCAGCACUAUUAUUGACCUGCAGCUAGUUCAGAGUAAUGAGGUUGGAGGGAGCAACAACAUGGAGAAAGAGGGUCUGAGGAGGAGCCUUGAUCUCUUGAGUGCACACAGUGUGACUUUUGACAGUAUUGUUACAGACCGGCACCCUCAAAUACAAAAAUACCUGCGGGAAGCCAACAUCACGCAGUAUUACGAUGUAUGGCACGUAGAAAAAGGAGUGUCCAAGAAACUGCUGAGGAUUGCUCGGAGCAAAGACUGUGAACAAUUGCAGAGGUGGCUUCACAGUAUAAAAAACCACAUAUAUUGGACAGCAGCUUCUUCUUUAUCAGGACAAGAGAGAGUCGCAAAGUGGACUUCGAUUCUUAACCAUGUCCAGGACAUGCACACACAUGAAGAUCCUGUUUUCCCACAGUGCUUGCAUCCACAACGCACUUCAAGGGACAAGAGCAAGUGGUUGAGAGCUGGAACGCCUGCCUUCUGUCGAUUAGAGAAGGUCCUCACAAACAAGAGGAUUCUGAAGGAUGUGGAGAAGCUGAGCCCUCACCAUCACACCUCAUCACUGCAGGCUUUCCGAAGCGUAAUUCUGCGCUUUGUGCCCAAGAAUGGUGUCUUUUCUUUUCUUGGAAUGUUAUGCAGACUCUACCUGGCGGCCCUGCAUUUUAAUGAGAAUGCUGAGGGUCCCCAAGCCACAACAGCAGCUGGAGAGCCACCGUUUAAGGUGUUUUUUCCGAAAUACAAGAAAGGACUAUGCUCUGCAAAGCCAGUGAAAACAGAUCAUACCUUCCACUAUGUGGACAACCUGUUGGACCUUAUCUUUGAGAAAGUUGUUGUGGACCCAACCUCAUAUAUGGAGGAUAUCCUAAAGAUCUCCAUACCUGAGAAUCUCGAAUCCCAGUUUUAGAAACCAGACUAACUGGGAGUGAUAGCCAGCUAUGUGUCUAGGUUCAAUCAAGGCAGGACUGAACCCCUGAGCAUAAGGGCCACACCACCCUGUUUCUCCAUCCCACAAAUCCCCAACACUGGCUGACGAAGCUUCUGUAGGCCAAAAACCUCUAACGGCUGAGACAAAUAAGCAAUUAUUUUUUUACAUUCAUUUAAUACUUGCUGUUUGUCUUUAGACAAUCAGUUUUGCUGUUCCUGCUUAAAAACUGCUUAAAAACCUCUGUGGUAUUCAGUAAAACAAUCUUUCAGUCAAUAAAUGCUAGUACAAACAGUGUUGUCUAUUCAGUACUUUGUAUUUUGAAUAGAAUGGUAUGUUGGAAUGUGAUGCAAAAAAAAUAAAAAAUACACUAAAGAUGAA